AAACGACCUCCUGCUUCUACACGUCUUUUGCUGCCUUUCACCACUCUCGACACUCCACUCUCAAGUUGCUCACCAUGUCGGCAGCACGCGCAGCCUUUUCUCUGGCCCGCCGUGUCCCUUUGAGAUCAGUCUGCGUCGCUCCUCGAUCAUUCGCUACGGUCGCAGCUCGCCGGGGGAAAUGGGAUCCCAAGCCAGGUGAUCCGGAUGCCAAACUUAUGCCUUUCGACGAAAUCAAGACCGAGAAGGAUCUUCUUCCACCUGGUGCCGAGCCUGGUACCGUCCCUACCGAUCUCGAACAAGCUACCGGUCUUGAACGUCUCGAAAUUCUCGGAAAGAUGCAGGGCAUUGACAUUUUCGACAUGUCACCCCUUCCGUCCGAUAGAAAGGGUACUUUCGAAGACCCAAUUAUUGUCAAGUCGGCAGGAGACGAGAUCCAAGCUGGUUGUACUGGCAGUCCUGCAGACUCACACAUUGUUAAGUGGCUUGUGAUGUCCCGCAAGCGACCAUUCGAACGAUGCCCUGAAUGCGGUAGCUGCUACAGAAUGGACUACGUCGGACCUCCGGAUGACCCGCAUCACCACCACCAUGGCUAUGAGGAACCCAAGACUAUGGCAGACUUCGUCAAGCCCGAAUACUGGUACAGAUAAACAGGGGAAUCAUGUUGAGGUUGUUUGAAAGAGCAUUGGGGAGCAUUGUACAUAAGGUGAUACCGGGUCAGACUGACCUAGAGAGCAAUUCAGUAUGCAUGGUGACCAACGAGCUUGCAUCUGUCUCUUCCCAUUCCUACCAUGCAAAUGAGGGGAAUCAAUGCUUGUCAAAGCUGCAUUUAGCUCAGUGUCCAUGCCUGACGCACCGAUUUGAUCCGUCACUAACCGUGACGACGUAUGUGAGGAGUUAACAAUUUGCUACAGGGCGAAAUAACCACGGUAAUCGGAUAAAGAUAGCGGCUAAACGCCACAUUGUGCCGUUCAAAACCCCCCCAGACUAUGAUUUAGACAGCCAGACAAAAGCUCCUAUUGAUCCUUCACAACCACCAACUCGCGCUUCGGGCAAGAGACGGCACAACGGGCUUCUCCAUCUCUUGGAAUUGGAGAUAAGUGAGGAGGGGGGCCCUUGGCGGAUAUGCGAGCCUUGUCUCCCCCAUGAUUGUUGAAGCUAUAUAUACAAUGAUCUACCCUCGGGAACUCG